UUGAAAGAUAAGAUGACUGCAUUCCCUCAAGAUGUGACACCGUCUAAAAGCUGGAGUAACUCCAGGAACAGUCUGACAAGGUGUAACAACCCUGAAGUUUGAGACAACAUACAAUAUGGAUUCUGACUUAGGUGUGUGAGUAACAAGCAGGACACUUUAAGGGCUUCUGGCUAGAAAAGUAUCAGCUUAGAGGGAUACGCCUUUCCUUCACAAGAGGCAAGAACCGUCAGCCAACUGCUGUUGCAAAGAGCUGCCUUUAAAAAGCAGGCAACAUGGCAACUACAGAUGCUGUUAACUUUUAUUAUAACUUCUCCAUCAAUGAUCCCAAUGAAAACGGAAGUGAGAAUCUUCACAGAUUUACAAAUGUCUUCCUGCCCUGUAUGUAUUCAGCUGUUUUCAUCCUUGGGCUAGCAGGAAAUACACUGGUCUUUGUCAUACUAGUUUUCUACGAGAAACUGAAGGUGCUGACAGAUAUAUUUUUGCUGAACUUGGCUAUAGCUGACUGGGUCUUCCUUUGGACGCUGCCAUUCUGGGCAUAUUCUGGUGUUCAGGAGUGGACUUUUGGCACUGUGGCAUGUCGUGUUAUACGGGGCUUGUAUACUCUGAACUUGUACACUUCGAUGUUAACUCUAACGUCUAUCACCUUUGACCGGCUUAUUGCUAUUACUUUUGCCACAAAAGCACAUGUGUGUCAAACCAAACGAAUGACAUGGGGCAAACUGAUCUGUGUCUUGAUCUGGGCGAUCUCACUAGCAUUUGCUGCACCACAGUUUAUUUUUAGUGAGGUGUUUAGUAUUGAUAAGGCAAUAUGUCAGGAAGAAUACCCAAACUAUCGCACAGAACUAGUUCUUGAAGUGAUCCAAGUGACCCUUGGCUAUUUUAUUCCCAUGCUAGCCAUGGUCAUCUGCUACUCACUAAUCAUUAGAACCUUACUGCAUGCCAGGAGUUUUCAAAAGAACAAAUCUCUAAAAAAAAUAUUUUCUGUAGUUGCCAUAUUUAUUCUUACUCAGUCACCCUAUACUUUCUUGAGACUGUUAAAGAUCAUAGAUUGGAGCUUUAACUUGAACAGCAACUUUGAAUAUGCAAUCAUCAUAACAGAAGCUCUUGCUUAUUUCCAUGGCUGUCUUAACCCUGUUCUGUAUUUCUUCAUGGGGGUGAAAUUCAGGAGGAACUUACGGAAAAUUAUUAAAAACUCAAGAUGCACUAAAUGGCAAGUUACAGCUAAACAGUGGCAAACCACAGAAGAGGAAGGCUCUAAAACUUUUACUGCCUCAAAUAAUGCAGAUGCAACAAGCAUGUACCCGCUAUAGAACUGCCUAGAAAAUCUGGCAACUUUUUUUUUUUUUGGUAAAUACCGAGAUAAGUAGCCUGCAUGAAAGAGGAAAUACAAUCCCAUUAGUAAAGAUAUUGUGAUAAGCUUUAGGCUAACCUAUCUUAAUCAUGAUACUUCAGUGUUUCCUGCUUUUCCUGGACAGAGCUGAUCCUAAGACUGCUAACUGUGCAGAAGAUAUUAAAAAGUAUAAAAACAAUGAGAUAAAACUGUGCUCUUUGUAACAUAAAGCUAACUUGGACUUCAUGACACCAGAAGGUCUGGAGACAUUCACCAAACCUCUGGCCUGAUGGUUUUCCAUGAAAGGUGUUUGUUAACAAAAAUCUGAGAAUGCCUGGAUUAAAAACAUGCACAUUUCAAUCUUCA